UUUUUUCCUGCUCUGAUGCUAACGAAAGGAUUGAGCACCUGGUCACACCUGCCAGGUAGCUUCACAACUGAAGUAAUGGUCGCUACUAAUCGGUAAGGGACGGGAUAUCGUUACGGUGAUGUUACCGGGAUUAAACAAACAGGCAGAGCUCAACAAGUGUGUCCAAAAAUGACUUUAAACAACCGGAAGGAGAUUUGUUAACAGUCAGACUCUUGACAGUGCAACAAGUGUUUCCUGAAGAGAGACAGGAUUCAAAUCCAAAAUGUCUGGCCAAGGUGGAUUGAGCUCAGAUUUACCUGAAGAGGGGGCACUUUUACCUGCUGAUCUACAAAUCGCAGGCAGAAAAAAGCUGCUAGAGAACGAGAUUAUCAGUGAAAAAAGGGAGAUAGAUGAAGAAGAAGACGACUUAAAGCACGAGGAAUAUGAAGAAGAAGAAGAGAUGACCAGCUCUGCUCACCUGGAGCCCACUACUCUGCCGUGGCCCGGAGACAAAGACAAGAGGCCUCAGACAGAUGAUGAUGAUGAUGAUGAUGAUGGUAAAAGUGGGUCAGAAAAGAGAGUGUCCGAGCCUGAAGAGGGGGACACGGGGAUCAGCAGGGGGAGUCAGGACCUGUCAGAGGAGCACAGUCAGUCAGAGAGCGGCAGAAAGAGUAAAUCAAAGUGGAGGGAGAGCAUGCCCGAGGGAGAGAGGUGGAGGGAUGAUGAGAUCGGGGUGCAGAGGGACGAUAAAGGGGAUGGCUCACUGGCAGAUGAUGAACAUGAGGAGGAGGAGGAGGAGGAAGAUGAUACAAACUGGAUGCCAGAGAAAGCUGCUCUGGGUUUCACUCCUCAUGUCACCAUAGUGCGCCCGUCCAGCAAAGAGCUCCCAGAAGAGAGCCGACUCCUCAUAGAGAGGGACGAAAAGAACGAGCCACAGAUGGACACUGAUUCAGCUGUGCAGUUUCAGCCCGAGUGGACAGAAGAGGACGACAAGUACUACCUGUGUGAGCACCUGUGCAGUGAGAAACUGAGGCUGGCUCUGGCGACGGCGGCUGCUGCGAUACUUUUCCCUCUGCUGGUGUGGGGGGGUUACGCCCUCCUUCCCUUUGACCCCCCGCUGCUUAGAAGCCCCCCACUCAGAUUGGUGUACACACUGCGCUGCUCCUUCUUUGCCACCAUCCCCCUCCUGCUCGGUGUGGUGGUGCAGGGUGCAGCCCGACUCCGAUUCAGCUCCCUGAAGCCCCUCUAUCAAAACCAGCUGCUGAACAAAGAGGUGGCAGUGCAUUGGCACUACGUCAACGAAUCCCUUGCACUCUUCUUAUUCUUCUUUCUGCAGCUCGCUGUCAUGGCAACCUACAUCAGCCAAGACCUGGUCAAGUUGGUGCCGUUGCUCACCAUCAUAUUUGUUUUUGGAAGGCUGAUCUACUGGCUCUGCCUCUCUCUGGGCAGCACCAUUCGAGGCCUCGGCUUCGGCCUCUCCUUCCUCCCCAUACUGGUCAUGCUGGGAGCCAACCUGUACUACAUCUGCUCGUCAGUGGGACAGGGGUCGGUGUUCGAUGUAGCCCCGCCCGCCACAGCUCCGCCUCCCAGUCUGCGUUGGUGGGGUUGAAGGCGACAUCAGAUAAUGAUCGUGAGGUGUAAAAAGAAAAAUGACUUUCAGAUCAUCACCCGAAAACACUCAGACUGUAGACAACUUGGCUCGUUUCUUUUGGAGUCCUUUUAAAUCGUUAUCAGAUGUCAGGUCUUUAACACUACAGAAAACACUCCUUGAGCAGCUGUUUUGUCGUUAUUACUAAGUACAACAUCUGCAAGCUCGCCUUGGCUGCUGUUUCUUGUUCUGUUGCUUCCUGGUCAAUAUUAAUAAUGACAUGCUGUAAAUAAUAACACAAAAAAAUCCCAAGGAAAAUGGAGCGGUGUUCUUUUUUUAUGGACACAUUUUUACAAGCAGGUGAAUGUGUCAUAAUAAAGAAUACUGCAUACUUCUGUCAAAACCUGUAGUUUAAAAGAUAAGAGCACUCUCCUUUCCAGCGCUGUAUUAUAUUAGUAAUCUCUCUCUCUUUGUGUCCCCGAUGGUGAACAGCAGGAAAGCAAAACAUAAUUUUGAUUUCACUGCACAAGAGAUCAAAUCAACAUCUUUACAGUUUGUGUUCUUCAAACAUUCCAUUUGUUUCUCUUCCUCUAGAUUUGCACUUGUUUUUUAUAUGUUCCAUGGUCUUCUCUAUGUUUGUUUGCCAAACGUUUUGCAGAUCAGCCAGUUCUAGGUGAUAGUCACUGCUGUUUUUCUUUCUGGGUAAAUCAAACUUAAAGAUUUUAACAUGGUUGCUCCUGGAGAUUAAUUUCCCUGUCCAUUAAACAGAGAUUUAAUUUCACACAGUUUAUUUACUGUACUUAAUUAGUGUGGCUAACAUUAGCAGUGCCUUCAGUCCUCCUUACAGGGUCCACAUGUCUGUGUUGGUCAAGUGGUUGUAUGACACUUUACCUGUCCACGGUGCUGGUUAACAUCCGGGCAGUAGAGUGAGGAGAGAAGAGCCAUUAACCAGAGCUACAGCCUUUGCUAGUGGACGUUGGCUGCGUAACAGCUUGGACUCUUUCAUCCCUAAUAAGAACUUAAAGUAACUGCUUCUACACAGUGUAAGGAAGCGUAUGGUAAACAGCGACUGUUAUCUGUAUGAUAAAUUAAACUGAAUCAUCUGCAUGUUUAUCUCCCGGGUUUAUGAAGGCAUUUUGAAACCAGUUGAGAGGUGUACGACCCUGUCACCACUCCAAAGGAAUAACAUAUAGAGAGGUAAAUACAUGGCACAAUAGUGCAGAUUCAAGUGCAUACAAGAUGGAGCUUGAGUUAACUUUUACAAUUAAUUAAUUAAUUAGACUUUUUUUAAAGUAAAUAUCAAACAUGAAUGAGGUUGUGGGUUUAUUAUGUAGCUUUGAACUUCCUCUUUGUAUGAAAUCAGUAAAAAUUAGUUGGAAAACAAAGUUUAAAAAGUUUAGAUACACCAAAAAGGCAUGUCAAUUGAAAACUACACACGUGAUUCUUUUACAUUGUGUGCGUUUACUUACCUUAUUUUAUCUUUGCUGAUUAAAUUCAGUUUUGAGUUUCAGUACGAUGAUGCACCUUCUGUUUGGAUUUGAUAAAUACAGUCAUGAAACCUGAAAACUGUCAGAUUGAAGCUCAGGAUCCAGUGAGUCAGAUAUUGAAUAUAAUUACCAAAUAAGGUUAUUUCUAGAUACUUAAACAUUUAAAUGUAAACAAUCUGAAUUUCUAUGAAUGUUAUUAACGCAUCUGGAACAUUUGAGUUUCUUAAAAUGUUAAAUGUCAAAGACUGUUGAACAUAUUACUGUUUUAUCAAUGAAUGAUUUGUUUAACAGUUGCAUCCGUUCGUUUUUUAGUCUUUUUUUUUUUCUUUUUUUAUGCAUUAGAGAACAAGAAUUUAAAAUCUGUUCAAUAAAGAUUUGUUUACACAUAUCA